GCCGGCUGGAGCCCCCGUUCGGUGGGCGAGGGUCUGUCCCGGGGAGCACCGGGAGGGGGAGCGCACCCCGCCCCGCGGCUCACUCGGCCCCCCGGGGCGCAGUGGCGCGGAGCGGCCGCGGGGGGGCGCGGCGUGGGGGGCGGGCGGUGCCUUCCCCCGCCCCGUCCCGGCUGGUCGUGGCCGCAGCCCGGCGGAGAACCGCGCAGCAGGUGCCUGUGGCAGACACAGGGAGCUGGCAUGUCGCAGCCCAGCGCACCCCCCCCGUACGAUGACAAGAAUCCCCUCUACCCCCCGCCUGCAGGAGGCUAUCCCCAGCCCCCCCACUAUGCUGGGGGGUACCCACAUCCUGGGGGAUACCCUGCAGCAGGGGGGUACCCACAGCCAGGGGGGUACCCACAGCCAGGGGGGUACCCAGCAGCUGGGGGGUAUCCCCAGCCAGGGAUGGCCAUGCCCACCAUGCCUAUCCGAUUUGGUGAUGAUGGCAUCGGUGACGGCUCCCCCUUCCAAUCAGCCAACUGGGAUGACAAGAAAGUCCGGCACACCUUCAUCCGCAAGGUCUAUGCCAUCAUCUCCCUGCAGUUGCUGGUGACAGUGGGGAUCAUUGCCGUGUUCACCUUUGUCUCCCCCGUCCGCUCCUUUGUCCAGAGGAAUGUUGCGAUCUAUUACUCCUCAUAUGCCGUGUUCCUGGUGACCUACUUGGUGCUGGCCUGCUGCCAAGGUCCCCGGAGACGCUUUCCCUGGAACAUCAUCCUGCUGAGCAUCUUUACGCUGGCCAUGGGGCUGAUGACAGGGACGAUCGCCAGUAUGCACAGGACCAAUGCGGUCCUGAUUGCCAUGCUCAUCACUGCCAUUGUGGCCAUCAUUGUCACCAUCUUCUGCUUCCAGACUAAGGUUGAUUUUACAUCAUGUCCAGGGCUCUUCUGUGUGCUGGGCAUCGUGGUCAUGGUGACUGGAAUUGUCACCGCUAUUGUCCUCUCUUUCAAAUAUGUCCCCUGGCUCCACAUGCUGUAUGCAGCCAUCGGUGCCAUUGCCUUCACCCUGUUCCUUGCCUAUGACACCCAACUUGUGCUGGGGAACAGGAAGAACACACUGAGCCCCGAGGAGUAUGUCUACGGUGCCCUCACCAUCUACACUGACAUCAUCUACAUCUUCACCUUCAUCCUGCAGAUCGUAGGCCGGGAUUAGCCCUGGGACCCCUCCUGUCAUUCCCCCUCCCCCUGCUGUCCCUCACCCUGUCCUCUGGCCUCUGUACAGGAUAUGGCCUCUUACCCUGACUCCUAAUGCUUCGGCAUCCCUACCCGUAGGCUGCUAAGGAAAGGACUUCCCUUGGUCACCCCCCGACAAGCCUCCAAGGGCAGCGGGGGCGAUAGGCUGCCAGCAUUCAGACAGUGUCCAGCCUUGGCACCACUCACCAAAGCUGUGCCAGUGGUGCUGUGCUGGCAGCAGAGUGCCACGGUCCUGCCUGGGCACAGGGAGCUGGCCGUGGCCGCUGGGAUCAUGGUGGGAAUACUUUUUUGAUAGAACCUAGUGGGUAUCAUUCACUCAGUGCCUUAAAUGCAGUUCCAGCCGUGCCCCCUGUCCCUGAGCUGCACUGGUGCCCGGUGUGGGCGGGGGGGCAGCUGGGACCCCCAUGGCAGAGCUCACAUGGAAGAGGCCCUGCAGCCACGGACAUGGGCAAAGUUGCACUUGCUAAAUAAAACACUUCAGUUUUCCAGAUGG